AUGGCUUUUCGUCAACCACCACAAGUUCCGCGCCGGCGCCCGUCCUAUACUGCUCCCCAACCCUCCGCUCUUGAUAUUCCUCAAUCUCUUCCUGAAGUUCGCGAGAACGACUCCAAAGAAUGGGUGCUCUUCUCCCCGUCGCAGCCCUCCGCCACCGCCCGCACUCACACGACCUCCACUGAGCGCACCCCACGGAGCCCACGCACUGUAGGCGCAUCGCGGCUCAGCGACUUCGGUUCUCUCAAUGCAUAUACACGGUCUGGUCGUGAGCUGGAGAGUGAGGCCGGCGGUACGCUCGAUGACCCGCUAGACGAAGAUGGGACGGAGCUAGAUAGUCUCGAUGAUGGCCUCCACGCGUUCAGAGCGCCUUCCCCCGCUUCCGAGUCCAAUACGCGCUGGGAUAGUGUGCGAUGGGAUCAAGCUCCUGCUCAACUUCCCGCUCACGAUGGGUUAGGAAGCUUCCUUGCGUCUGAUCAGACCGUGCAGAACCAGCUGUGGCAAUAUGAGCAGUAUAACCCUACUCGACGGCCGUCGCUCGGGCAUCGGCGGCGCUCAAGCGUGCAGCGUCAUUUGGACGCUGUUGCCGAUGAGGAGCAAACGGAUGCCGAUCGCGAACGGUGGCAGCGCAUUGAGCAAUGGAGGAUGGACCAGAGCCGUGUUCUUUUACAUGAGAUCGAGAAAGCCACGCGGCGACGGCGCAACAGUCGCCUGAGCGUUCCAAAUGUCGAGACCGACUCUCAGGUUAGACAUUCAGAACAGCCACCUAGCGUACGGGCGAUACCCCAAGAGGGUCAGGCACCCUCUGAGCCCACGGUUGAAGAGGAUGAAUCCUUCUGGCAGCGGAUCACCCGAAAGGUCAUCCGAGAUAUAAUAGGCAUUGACGAGUCAUUACUUUCGGUCAUCUUUGGAGAGACUUUACCCGAGUCUGACGGACAGGACGAACCUGGGACAGACAUGAAGCAGCAAAUAGACGAGAUACUAAACGAAGGGCCGGAAACAGCUACGGGCGACGACCGCUGGGAGUCGAGACUACUUCAACGUAUAGCCCGCGAGCUAGGAAUCCUUGUCAACCAACUUUGCGAACACCCAGGAGCAUUCACAACAUACCUCAAUAUGGCUAACGAUAUCCCUAACCAGUACGCUGGAAUCCCUCUGAGCAGUUUACCUGAAGAGAGCAACCACGCAUCUACAGGCGCGGAUUCCAGGGCGGAGGCUGCAAGCAACGAUGACUCAAUAUUAUCUCCUCAAUUUAUGCCUACCAUCCAAGAUCAAAACCUUGAGCACGCAGCUCAGUGGGGCAUCGAAGACGAAGAUCUUCCGACUCGAUCAACGGAACCACUAUCUGAAUCCACCCGGCAGCAGCAGGAUAAAGAGUACUGGGAACGCGAAGUCGAUAUCAUGAUGGUCUUCCGCUACCUCCGGAGCCGCUUUGGUCGGCGGCCGAGCAACCCCGACGUCCACAAUACACGUCGCGCUUCGCAAGAUGCAUCUCGUCGCGCCGCCAUCAUCCGUCAGCAUCACCCGCUUGUUGCGCGCGCACACUCAAGGUCUCAGGCCCAAAUCCGUCGCCAGUCUCAAUACUCAGGCCCGACUGGUGUCUCCUCCCCCGUAUUACGCCAGCAUAUCCGCCGUGCCAGCUCGAGCUGCGCCAGCCAGAGCGCAAAGAUGUCCGCUAUCUCUAGUCGCCGGACUCUUACCGGCUCCAGCCGCAAUUACUGGGACAUUGGCGGGAGCGUGGAUAGCGGGAGUGCUAUUGCCCCUGCACCUCCUGGUAUCGGGGCUUGGGGCGACGUGUAG